AUGCACGAGCUCUCACAUUUCAACAUUUCGCGUGUCGCCUACAGCAAGACAAAGCCACUGAAUUUAUCAACAUCUCAACCGACCGUGAUCAUCCUGUGCAUUUUAAGGAGAUCGUUGAUCUGGAACAACACGACCAAGCAUAUUGUCAAUAGUCAUGACAGCUCAUCAAAAGAGAUCACCAUACUGAUGAAAAACAAGGGGAUCGACCUCAGGAAUGAUUCUUUCCACGUCCUUCAGAUCGAGAUGGAACGGGUUGUGAUAAUGACACCAAAGUCACAGGGGCCUCAAGACGAGGGUCUGUUGGAGUACCUUGAGAAGGUGAUGGGAACGAACAAGUACAACGAGCAGAUCAAGGAAAAAUCCCAACGGUAA